AAUUUUUGGCACCUCUUUACAGCUCUGAAAAAAAUCGGAAUAUUUUCCAAUUCGUGUGAAAGUUUCUGGGCGUUUAGCUUCAGGCAUUUUCUGUAGUUGGAGCGAAUUUCAGGUUGCUGCCGGAUUCGGAUUGAAAGUUGCGAAUAUUUGAAAAAGAGCACGCAAUUGAUGGACGGUGUUCAUUUUGGACCCCACAUGUACAGCAUCGAAAAAAAUCAGGGUCUUGUAGAAUUUUAGUAAUUUUUUCAGACUUUUUAGCCUCAACUAUCUUCUAAAGGGUGAGCAAAUAUUAUUUUGUAAUUCAUCCUGGAUUGGAAGUUCCAAAUUUUUAGGCAAAGGGCAUGCAAUUGGAAGGGAUGUCAAUUUUUGGCACCUCUGUAUAACGCUGGCAAAAAUCGGAAUAUUUUAGGAUUCUAGUGAAAUUUUCGGGACUUUUAGCAUCAGGUGUUUCCUGUAGCCUGUGCAAAUCUCCAAUUGCUGUUGUAUUCGGGUUGAAAGUUGAGAAUUUUUAAAGAAGAGCGCGCAAGUGAGGGAGCAUGUUCAUAUCCAGCUUCACGUUUAGAGGGAUGAGACAAAUCAGACUCUUCUCCGAUUCCAGUGAUGUUUAUAGAGUUUUUAGCCUGGGCUAUCGUUUACAGGGUGAGCAAAUUUCAGUUUGAAACUCGUCUCGGAUUGGAAGUUCCGGAUUUUUAAAGAAAACCACGCACUUAAAGGACACUGUUCAAUUUUGGUCCUGCGUUUACAGGYUUGGCAAAAAUCAGACUCUUCUCCGAUUUCAGUGAUGUUUAUAGAGUUUUUAGCGUGGAAUAUCCUUUACAGGGYGAGCAAAUUUCAGUUUGAAACUCGUCUCGGAUUGGAAGUUCCGGAUUUUUAAAGAAAACCACGCACUUAAAGGACACUGUUCAAUUUUGGUCCUGCGUUUACAGGCUUGGCAAAAAUCAGACUCUUCUCCGAUUUCAGUGAUGUUUUUAGAGUUUUUAGCCUGGGAUAUCAUCUAUAGGGUGAGCAAAUUUUAGUUUGAAACUCGUCUCGAAUUGGAAGUUCCGGAUUUUUAAAGAAAACCACGCACUUAAAGGACUGUUCAAUUUUGGUCCUGCGUUUACAGGUUUGGCAAAAAUCAGGCUCUUCUCCGAUUUCAGUUAUGUUUAUACAGUUUUUAGCUUGGGAUAUCGUUUAUAGGGUGAGCAAAUUUCAAGUAGCAAAGUGCUCCAGAUUUGAAGUUCAACAUUUUUAAAGAAAACCGUGCAAUUAGAAGAUUUUGGUCACUUUUGAUCCUGCUUGGACAGGUUCCGCAAAAAUCAGAGCUUGAUCCGAUUUGAGUGAAAUUUUCACGUUGUUUCGCUUCACCGGUGUUCCAUGUGUUGAGCGAGCUUCAAGUUGCUACCAACUUUGCAGUGGUAGUUAGGAAUUUUUUAAGAGAAGCGCGUAAUUGAGCAAAUACUGUCGCUUUUGUCUUCUCAUCUAUUAGCUUGGCAAAAAUCAGGCUUUUGUUCAAUGUGAGUGAUAUUUUCGGGGCUUUCAGUUGCAAGUGGCUUCUACAGGGUGAGCGAACUUCAAAAACUGGACAGUGUCUUAUUAAAAGUGACGAAAAAUUGAAGCAGAAACGCGUAUUUAAGGGCCCAAAAUGUGAAGAUCCAAAUGUCGAAAGUUGCAAGCUUUCUGCCACUUUCCAGCCGGAAAAACCGGGAAAAAACCAUGCAAAAAGCAAAAGGAGAAACACCGGCUGCAACCAAAACUCGCAUGAACUUUAUCUGAAUCCAGAACUUUGCAAUCCAAGCCAAAAGGGCAAAUAUGCGGACGUUUACAAGAGGAUCCCAUUGCCUUGACCAACAACAACAUAUAAACAAUCAAAAAAGGUAAGUGCACUAAAAGUACUCAACUGGAGAUUGUUUAUGUAAGUCUAAAUGACUUAAAUUAUCAUUAAACAACGAGGAACGAGGUCGCAGUGUGCACAACUAAAUCAGUGCUGAAAAUCCUGCAAGAGCAACCAGGGCUUCUUCAGCAACGAAGUGCAUUAAAGAGUCAUCAAGUGAAUGAUUAGCAGAACUUCUUCAAACAGGAUUCAGAAGCUUCUCUUUUGCCGCACUGAAAUUGUGUGCUCACUAAACUGUUCAGCACCACCCUGUAGUAGAAUGGCAUUGCUUUGGAAAAACCACGACUUGGAUUUAUGGUUGCACUCAAUUUCGUUGCAAUAAAAGAUUAACUGCGCGAUUUCGCUUGGCGCCAUAAAACUAAGCUGGAAACACCAUUAGGAACUGGUGAGUUUUUGAGUGAAGUCGCAGUUUUUCCAAUGUACACCCCUGUGUGGAUUGGGGCCGUUUGGCUAAUUGUGGGGGCAGCAGCAACGUGCCGAAAAUGCUUCCCUCCAGGUUUCCUCUGGGGAACCGCCAGUUCGGCCUAUCAAGUCGAAGGCGGUUGGAAUGAGGAUGGGAAGGGGCCAAGCAUGUGGGACACGUUCGCUCACAAUUUUCCAGAGAAAAUUGAGGAUCACAGCAAUGGGGACAUUGCGACUGAUUCUUACCAUCGGUUCGAAGAGGAUGUGGAUGCGGUGGCCGAUUUGCAUCUGGAUUUUUAUCGAUUUUCCAUAUCGUGGCCCAGAGUUUUGCCGAACGGGACUGUGGAUCAUGUGAACCAGGCGGGAGUGGAGUAUUACUUGAAGCUGCUUCAGAGAUUGAAAGCGAACAACAUCGAGCCAGUUGUCACUUUGUACCAUUGGGACCUACCAGCCACAUUAGACGAACUGGGCGGCUGGACCAAUCCGGAGAUGGCCACUUACUUUGACGAAUACGCAAAAUUCUGCUUCUCCCAGUUUGGCGCUUUGGUCAAAUAUUGGGUGACCAUAAACGAGCCAUUCAUCCACUGCUAUGAUGGAUAUGGAGUCGGGAUUCAUGCGCCUGGAUUGAAGCAAUCUGGCACAUUGACUUACCGGUGUCUUUACACGCUUGUUCUGGCCCACGCCAAGGCUUACCACAGUUACAAUGCGUCGUUCAGAUCGACUCAGAAUGGGGAAGUGGGAAUAGUUCUCGUUAGUACCAACCCGGAACCACUUACGAACAGCACGGAAGAUGUAGAAUCAGCAGAAAACCAUCUACAAUGGGACUUCGGAAUAGGAGCCCAUCCAAUUCUAGUGGGAAACUGGCCGCCGAUUGUGAUAAAACGAAUCGCCUCACUCAGCACGGCUCAGGGCUUGAACGCCUCCAGACUCCCCGUGCUCACCGAGGAGGAAAUAGGGCUCAUCAAAAACGCCUACGACUUCAUCGGGCUCAACUAUUACACCACCUACUUGACCUCGGCUUAUCGCAACAUAACGGCAAUCGAAAACAGCACCAUCAGCUACGAUGUGGAUAAAAACGUGAUUCGAUCAGCUGCGAGUCACUGGACUCAGUCAGCAGCCAGUUGGCUCUACGACAAACCCGCAGGAUUCAGAAAGUUGCUCAAAUGGAUCUCGAAUGAGUAUGGAAAUCCCAGGAUCUUCAUAAUGGAAAAUGGAUGGGCUGAUGUGAUGGGGACUGUGAACGACACCAACAGGAUUACUUAUAUUCGAGGGCAUUUGUGCAGCCUGUUAAAGGCCAUCCACAUUGAUGGAGCCAACGUCUUCGGCUACACGUACUGGAGUCUGUUGAAUUCAUAUGAAUGGAGCUCUGGAUACACAGUCGGAUUUGGGUUGAUUGAUGUGGAUUUUACCAGCGCUAAUUUGACCAGAAGACCGAAGGCGUCCUACGAAGUCUACAAGAAUAUUGCGGAAACAAACUGUCUGGAAAACUGUGUCUUUAAUCGAUUUAAAUAAAGUGUUUGCGUCACUGUU